AUGUCGUACAUGAAUAAUCCUGCCGUUGUGAUGGACAACGGUACCGGUUUGACCAAGCUGGGGUUUGCCGGUAACGAUUCUCCAUCCUGGGUUUUUCCAACCGCCAUUGCCACUGCUCAACCUUCAAAUGCAAAGCAGACAUCUUCCAACGCAGUCUCUGCUGGUGCUAGCAGUGUCGCCAAUACUGGUCAAUCCAGUGGUUCUGGCAGGCAAUACUUUGGAAACUCCACUUCUGCUACUGCAUUUAACAGUUUAAGCUCGGGAUCUGCAUUGAUGUCCAAUAACUUAGCCGGGAAGAGAGGAACAGAGGAUCUGGAUUUCUAUAUCGGUAACGAAGCACUAAUCGCGGCUCAGGGCCCAUCCUAUGGGCUCUCAUAUCCUAUCAGACACGGUCAGGUCGAGAACUGGGACCAUAUGGAAAGAUUUUGGGAAAACUCAAUCUUUAAAUACCUGAGAACAGAGCCAGAGGAUCAUUGUUUCUUGUUGACUGAACCACCACUGAAUCCACCAGAAAAUAGAGAACAAGUGGCCGAGAUUUUCUUUGAGUCGUUCAACUGUGCCGGCCUCUACAUUGCUGUGCAAGCUGUCUUGGCUCUUGCGGCCUCCUGGACCUCUUCUAAAGUCAUUGAUAGAUCUUUGACAGGUACAGUUAUCGAUUCUGGUGAUGGUGUUACCCAUGUUAUUCCAGUGGCUGAAGGUUACGUGAUCGGUUCUGCUAUCAAGAACAUUCCUAUCGCAGGUAGAGAUAUCACACUUUUCAUUCAACAACUACUGAGAGAACGUGGUGAAGAAGAUACAUCUUUGAGAACUGCAGAACGCAUUAAGCAGGAAUACUGUUACGUGUGUCCCGAUAUUGUCAAAGAAUUUAACAAGUUUGAUAGAGAUUCUGAAAAGUUUGCUCAAUUUGUCGUUGAGAGCCAGGAGAAGACCAGAAGAAAGGUGGUCGACGUGGGUUGUGAAAGGUUCAUGGCGCCUGAAAUUUUCUUUAAUCCUGAAAUUGCAUCAUCAGAUUUCCUAACUCCAUUACCCACCAUUGUAGAUCACACCAUUCAAGCUUGUCCGAUCGAUGUUCGUAAAGGCCUUUACAACAACAUUGUCCUCUCAGGUGGUUCUACCAUGUUCAAGGAUUUCGGCCGUCGUUUGCAAAGAGACUUGAAAUCAAUAGUGAACAACAGAAUUGUCCAAAGUGAAUACUUGAGUGGUACAAAGUCAACUGGUGUCGAUGUGCAAGUGAUUUCUCAUAGGAAACAAAGAAAUGCUGUUUGGUUCGGUGGGUCACUAUUAGCUCAGACUGCUGAAUUCAAGAGUUAUUGUCACACAAAGAAGGAUUAUGAAGAGAUUGGACCUGAGAUCGUGAGAAACUUCAGUCUAUUCAACAUGGUAUAG